AUGAAGCACGGCCUUUGCGACCGCGGAAUCGUGCCUCGGUUCUAUGGGACAAUGGAACGGAUGGACUUAUCACACUAUCAACCUCAUCUGAAGAUGUUUCUUAAUGACAAGAAUCCUCCUAGCGCCAUCCCCUUGGAGUACAUUCCACAAAUGGAGAUGAUCUAUCCGCACAAUUUUACAAAGGAGCGGGGAGAGGCUUUGAUCCGUGGCAUCCGAGAGAUUCACAGAGCGUUGGUUCUGCAUUGCGACGCCAAACCGAGGAACAUGAUGAUUGUCAGGAAUGACCCCGAAAGAGUGGUCUGGUUAGACUUCGACAGAGCCCAGACCUAUCACGCAGAUAGCCUUACCGAGAGACAACGAGGAUUUAUUGAGGAUGAAGAGCUAAUGGUGUCUCAACUCGCAGAUUCACUAGAAGCUGAUCAUGCACGAGGCGAGAUUGCUGAGACUUAUCUCUACUAUUGCACCUAG